AUGGCUCAAUCUGAGCAGACGCCGCAGAAAGUUACGGCUGUAGCUAGCGUGUGGGCCAUCUCCGAGAUCGCCGAAAGCAUCUUGGCACGUUUGCCCAUGAAAGACCUCCUCUUAGCUCAGAGAGUUUCCACCAGCUGGAAAUACCUGAUUAAAAGCUCGCCAGUCUUACAAGAACUUCUUUUUAUGCGACCAAGGCAAUCGGAAACAGUUCCAAAGAGUUCAUCCAAUGGCAAAAUCGUCCGCGAAUACAACCCGCUCCUCCUUGAGCACAUGCCCACAUGGUUUUCGAGACCAAAAGGUAUAUCUUUCCAUACCGUGGAAAAUGCGCCAUGGGCCCAAACGGGCUCGAGGCCUGCGUUUCUCUGUCGAGAUGCAAGCUGGCGGCAUAUGCUACUAGCACAACCGCCCUUUACCAUGUUCGAAAGUGCCCAGCACGUGUAUACCAACGACAGCAGUGAUUCACUGCUAGUCGGAUGCAUCGAGUGCCCAGCUGGCGUACGUAUGGGACUGGCCUAUGAUCAAGCUGUACAACCAGUCCAGGACGGGCUUGCCAUCUUUCCCAACCAUUUCUACACUCUCAUGGACGGGGUUAUUGCCCAUGAUGCCCAAGGAUUGACUCUACUAGAUGGUGGAGAAUGGCCAGAAAGACUAUUUGGGGGUACCGACAAGUUUACAAUUUUCUCCUGGGUUACUUUUAGUAAUGUGACGCCAAGUGAAGAAGCCAGCGAGAUGAAGCGGAAUCAUUUUACCAGCGCAGGAUUUGAUCCAGUUGAGAUUGUCCUUCACAGGAUCAAAUCGCCGGAUGAAAUUGUGCUCUAUGGUGUUCCAUGGUGGUGCCAAGAGGGUUAUUUAAUAUGA